UAAAAAGACAACAGUGAUAAAAAUGGAGAAUAAUUUCGAGCGAGUGGAACGCGAGCUGUUGGAGCAAGCAAAUGGAGUCACUACUUUGAGCGAGUGUUUUAUGUGGUUGCAGCGAUGCGACGAGAUUAUACAACAGCUUGAGGAACAUAGCCGCAUAAAGCGUCCUCGGCUUGCCGUCGGACAAAGACAAUCGUUGGUGGCGAGGAUCGCGCGACUCGAAGGUGAAAAGACACAAUUACAAAGACGUUUCGUGCAUGUAGGGGGUAAUUACGCGAGCACUAGUAAUAACGCGAACAAACUCAUGUGGCGAGAGAUAGAUACAGCGUUCGAGAAUCGCAUUCAGACAGGUGCAGUGAUAAAUACAAACUAUAUUGAACCGCGAACGUUUUUAGAAGACGCAGGCGGUAUAGUGCUCGAGCGAGUGCGGGACGCUCUAGAGGAACACAACAGUGUAAAAGUGAAUACAGCAUUCAACGGCGUGUUUGUAACGGGUGAUAAACAUGCCAACAAAAGUAUAAACACUAAAAAUUGUGAACUAUUCCAAACAUCGGACUUGGACGAGUGGUACGAGCGACGCGUUAUCGAGCCCACAUUAGCAUCACUCGAAGAGUUUCAAGAACGAGAUAGCGGGUGGGCGCUAUCGCGAAUUCUCAAUUUGAUUCUAAAUAUAAAUAAGUACAAUCCUCUACACGCGGGGUGUUACGUGACAUUACCGCGAGAAAUAAUGAUGAAGCGUGCAGUAGUGAACGUUAAUUCAAAGGACAAUGCAUGCUUCGCGUGGUCAGUGGUCGCCGCGCUACACCCUGUCGAAAGACAUAGUGAUAGAGAGUCAUCGUAUCCGCAUUAUGCAACAGUCCUAAAGUUUGAUGACAUUGCGUUUCCCGUUACAGUAAAGGACAUUGGAAAAUUUGAGAAUCUUAACAAUAUAUCGAUCAACGUCUACGAGAUGAAAAAGGAAAUGGCAAUGCUAAAGAUUCUUCCGCUGCGGCUCUCCAAUGACAAGAAAGAGAAGCAUGUCAAUUUAUUAUACGUACAAAAUCCGCACGAAGACAGCGUGGGCCACUUUGUCUGGAUGAAAAAUCUGUCCCGCCUCAUCAGCUCCCAACUGAGCAAACAUGAUGGAAAAAGAUACAUUUGCGAUCGGUGCUUGCACUAUUUUUCAUCAUGCGAGAGGUUGCAAUCACACACUGUAGACUGUCAGAGGAUGAACGACUGCGCUAUCACAUUGCCUGCCGAAGACGACAAGUGGUUGAAUUUCCGGAAUAUAAACCACAAGGAACGAGUGCCCUUUAUCGUCUACGCGGACCUCGAGUAUGUGCUGCGGAAGACGCAACAUGAUACAGAGCAAGCGUCGUACACAUAUCAACAACAUGAGGUAUUCAGCAUCGGGUAUUACGUGCGAUGCUCAUACGACGACACGUUAUCCACGUACCGGUUUCGUCGCGAUAAAGAUUGCGUCGCGUGGUUCACUAAACAACUAGAAGAAUUAGCGUAUAAUGUUAAGACUCGUUUAUCAACUAAUGUCCCCAUGGAAACGUUAUCGGUGGAACAAUUGGAGGCAUACCAUAGCGCGACGCAGUGUCAUAUCUGCGAUAAGCCAUUCGCGCCGGAUGAUACGCGGGUGCGCGAUCAUUGUCAUUUGACUGGUCGUUACCGCGGUCCUGCACAUUCUCUCUGUAAUUUAAAUUAUCAAAAUGCAUCAUACAUGCCAAUUAUUUUUCAUAACUUAUCUGGAUACGAUUCGCAUUUCAUUAUUAAGGAAAUAGCCACAGCCUUCAAAGGGAAGACCGACGUACUUCCCAUCACGAAAGAAAAGUAUAUUUCUUUUACAAAACAUGUCGUAGACACAGCCGAUAAAUUAGAUCCACACAAUUACAUAAAACUACGGUUCAUAGAUUCAUAUAAAUUUUUAAAUACUAGUCUCGAAAAAUUGGCAUCAUUUCUAGGCAAAGAAAAAUUAAAAAUUGUACGUUCCGAAUUUUUACACUUAUCUAAUGAGGAUUUUGAUUUAUUGACACGAAAAGGUGUAUUUCCGUAUGAGUACGUUGACUGCGUGAACAAGCUGCAGGACACGUGUUUACCGCCGCGCGAAUCAUUUUUCAGUUCCCUGACCUCUGAUACUGUAUCCGAGAGCGAUUACAUGCACGCUGAGAACGUCUGGAAGCGAUUCUCCGUUCAAACGUUGGGUGAAUACAGCGAUCUAUAUUUGAAAACGGAUGUGUUAUUGUUAGCUGACAUUUUUGAAAAUUUUCGCGAUAAAUGCUUAGAAAGUUACGGUCUCGAUCCAGCACAUUAUUACACUCUCCCCGGAUACACGUGGGACGCUAUGUUAAAAUAUACAAAAAUUACUUUCGAACUGCUUACUGACAUUGACAUGGUAAUGUUCAUCGAACGCGGUAUACGCGGCGGUCUCAGUCAAUGUUCAGGCAGAUAUGCACAGGCUAACAACAAAUACAUGCAGACGUACGACACAUUGAAACCAUCCUCAUAUCUUAUGUAUUUUGACGUUAAUAAUUUGUAUGGUUGGGCGAUGUGUCAACCGCUGCCAUAUGGGGAAUUUCAAUGGAUCGAAGUCUCGAAUUUUGACAUAAAUGCGAUCGCUGCUGAUUCACCAACGGGAUACAUUCUCGAAGUUGAUCUCGAGUAUCCCCGAGACCUUCACGACGAGCACGCUGACCUACCUCUUUGCCCAACACGCGAUAAACCGCCAGGCAAGCCUUUUCUGCGCAAUAUUUUUUCAACGAGAUACACGUCAGGAUUUGCAACACGCUGCAGCUCAUAUUCGUAAAAUCCUCCAGCGAUAGGUUUUCCAGAGGAAUCUUCCA